AUGGUACCCGAGGGGUUUGCGCAGCCAAUCGCUGGUUUUGUUCAGAUGCCGAAUCAAAUGGGAUUUCUGGAGGCUUCGAUGAGUUCCACCAUCCGCAAAGGUGUUUUAUUAGGAGCGGUAGUAAGCGCUGGUCAAAUAUUUUCCGGAAGCGUUGCAUCGGCAUCGUAUUCUACAAGGUUCUACUAUGACAUAACCUAUGACGAUGACGAUGAAGCGAUUCAAGAGUACUGGGACAUGGUACCCGAGGGGUUUGCGCAGCCAAUCGCUGGUUUUGUUCAGAUGCCGAAUCAAAUGGGAUUUCUGGAGGCUUCGAUGAGUUCCACCAUCCGCAAAGGUGUUUUAUUAGGAGCGGUAGUAAGCGCUGGUCAAAUAUUUUCCGGAAGCGUUGCAUCGGCAUCGUAUUCUACAAGGUAA